AAAAAUAGAAAACAGCAAAGGGAAGGACCAAUUGGCUAUUGUAUUGGGUUGAAUUUGCUGGUAGAGAGAGAGAGACAGGGAAACUCUGGAUUCCACCUCUUCCCGUCCUUCGUGACGGUCCUUUUCCUCCGAUUUCUUCAGGUUUUCCCCUCUCUCCUUCUUCUUCGUGCAUUUCAGAUCCGUUUCGAUCUCCGUUGAAUCGUUCGGAUUUCUUUUUGGCAAGCCCGUGAUUUCUCCCUCCCAGAAUCUAAAUCGUUGGAAUUCCGUUGAGAAUCCCUUGAAAUUUUGGGGCAUUAAUUAAUAUUAAUCGACGAUUAUCGAUUGAGGAAUGGUUGUCGUUUCCUGAUGUAGGAGUUGAUUUGGCUGUUGUCGGAUUUCACAAAGGAGGUCGAGUUUGGUUUCCAUGAUUUAUUUUAAGCGUUCUUUUUUAGGUUUUUGGUAUCUUUUUAGGGUUAAUUAGGGUUUCAAUCCGAGAUGAGUUUCUCUUGUGGCUCUGACUGAGCUGUAGCUUCAUUUUCUUCGUUAUAUAACGGUUUUCAACUUUAAUGCUCGUUGUUGAAUUUAAUGGGCGCUUUGUUUGCUAGGUGAAUUGGCGCGUGAUGAAUUCUCUGGUUUAUUGCGUUGUGCCUUAAUUAUAAUGGGUGAUCUGCGUUUGACUCUCAGGGUUCCUGAUAUAUUUUUUGAGACAUGGAAGGAAUUUAUUUCUGGUCAAGUUGCCUCCAGUAUCACUUGUUUUCAUUCCGAGAAGUGCUUGACUGGCGAUUCUUCUUCCUUGGAAAUUUUCUUCUGGUUUCUUUUGUUAAUUGCACCUAGCUUUCUGUUCUACUUUAAUGAUCAGCACAGUGUACGUAAUGCUUGCUUCUUCUGAGACAGUUGCUGCAUCUUUAGGGAACUCAUACAAUGCAUUGCUGACCCAACAUCCAGUAAAAACAUCUGAAAAAUCCCCUUCUGGGGGCUGAAAUAUGGAUGUGUGAAUUUUGGAUGCUGCCAGCUUCUCAAAUAAUAGAUAGGCGAUUGCAUUGAAACAGUGCAGACACUACUUAUUGAUAAUUGUUGUGUUGAUGUUUCUGAUGGAUAUUGGUGGUGAUAAAAUAUCAUUUACCUGAUAAUUGGGAAACCAAACCAACCUAUAUAGAUUAGAUGAAGUGGCUAUUAUUGAACUCCUGAAAUCUUGGGCCACAGUGAUUUUAGUGAAAGAUUAAUGUUGUUGCUUUGAUCGAUCAUUUUGGUUAGACCUAGGAAGUGUCAGUAUGUUCUCCAGUACUUGUUUAUUUCCACCAUAUGCAUCGUGCUACCAUAAGAAAUCUGUGGGUCUAGUAUUCAAUAAGGCUGUGCAGCCCUUCCAUCAGAAAGUUUCUGCCUUUUGACAUUAUUUUGCCAUGACAGAGAAUUGAUGGUGGACUUUGCUGGACCAUCUAAUACCUGUUGACAUAUUUCUACCUGUUUCUAGGCAUUGUCUGUCUGCUAGAGAUAAAUGCCAUCUAUCUUUUGCAUGUUUGUGGUUGCUUUUUGAAUAAGAGCUGCUUUUGGUUCUGUGGGAAUAAUGGAGAGGUACAAGUUAAUUAAGGAAGUUGGUGAUGGAACAUUUGGGAGUGUCUGGAGAGCCAUUAAUAAGCAAAGCGGUGAAGUUGUUGCAAUCAAGAAAAUGAAGAAGAAAUAUUACUCUUGGGAGGAGUGUGUAAACUUGAGAGAAGUCAAGUCAUUACGAAAAAUGAAUCAUCCAAAUAUUGUGAAGCUGAAGGAAGUUAUUCGAGAAAGUGACAUUCUGUUCCUCGUUUUUGAGUACAUGGAAUGCAACCUCUACCAACUUAUGAAAAACAGGGAAAAGCUGUUUUCUGAAGAUGAGGUUAGAAAUUGGUGUUUUCAAGUUUUCCAGGGUCUAGCUUACAUGCACCAGCGUGGAUACUUUCAUCGUGAUCUGAAGCCUGAAAACUUGCUGGUUACAAAGGACAUCAUCAAGGUUGCUGAUUUUGGCCUUGCCCGAGAGAUCAGUUCACAACCACCCUACACCGAGUAUGUCUCCACACGGUGGUAUCGUGCUCCUGAAGUCCUGCUUCAGUCCCAUCUGUACAGCUCUAAAGUUGACAUUUGGGCUAUGGGUGCUAUCAUGGCUGAGUUGUUCACUCUUCGUCCUCUAUUUCCUGGUACCAGUGAAGCAGAUGAGAUAUACAAAAUAUGCAGUGUGAUAGGAAGUCCAACCACUGAAUCUUGGGCAGAUGGACUUAAACUUGCUAGGGAUAUAAACUAUCAGUUUCCACAGCUUGCUAGCGUACAUCUCUCUGUACUGAUCCCAUCCAGAAGUGAUGAUGCAAUCAGCCUUAUUACGUCACUUUGUUCAUGGGAUCCCUGCAAGAGACCAACAGCAGCAGAGGCCCUACAACAUCCUUUCUUUCAGAGUUGCUUUUAUAUCCCUCCAUCCCUUCGCACUAGAGCUGUAACCAGAACUCCUCCAUCUGUUGGAACCAGGGGAUCCCUUGAUCGGCAAGGGAUCAAAAGAUACUCUGGUGCUUUGCCUAAUACAAAACUCACGAAUAAUUUUUCUUCCCCAAAAUUACAACAUUCCUUAGCUUCAGGUGUGCAACGGAAGCUGGAAAUGGCAAAUGAGGAUGGAAUUAAGAACAAGAAGUCAUUGAAGACUGCUCAACAAUCAAAAUAUCGAUCACCAGGGAAAGACAGCCCGACUUCUAUAAACAAAGGAAGAACAGCACGUGGGGUUUCAGAAACAGCUGAGAAGUUGGCCAAUAUGUCUAUUGGUAGUCGAAGACAGUCCUUGGGACAAACCCGGCCGCCUCCAAUGAAGGCUGGAGUCAAUUGGACUUCUAAAUCUGCAAACUUGUUGCUCAGGUCUGCAGAACAAAUUCCAACUGGAAGAACUUGCACAAGAAAAGUUGCCGGAUGAGAUAAGAAGUCUUUGCUGACUUCGGAGAUUCUUUGAUGAUCAAUAUUUUUAAUGUUCUAAUUCAUCUUCCAAGAAUAUAUGGGUUUGCACCUAUCCUGAUGACUUUGGUGAUGAUUUUUGUUACUAUUAAGGCGUUUCAUAUAUUUGUGUUUUGGGACAUACCGUGUGUGACUAUGUUUGGCUACACAGUUAUGCUGAUGCAUUUUAGUCUUUUAUAUAUAAAAGCUUUAUAUAUGGAGUGUUCAACCGGUUGUAAUGACGUAUUACACUUGAAUUGUAAUAUGUAGUAAAUGGAAAAUAACAGCUUGAAAUUAAAAAUGAGAGUUUUGCAACGCUUGCAGACUUAAAUGAUAAAAAGUCCUGGUUUCAU